GCAAUCCCCUAGAAAAACCCAAUCCCCAAAAUGGCCUCGAAGCUUCUAGCUUCACAACUCCGCAAAACCCUAACCCAAACCCCCAUUUCCAAACCCUCCUCCUUCCCCUUCUCCCGCGCCGCCUCCACCGCCGCCGCCGAGGCGUACGAUGAUCCCGAAGGGGUUUCGAUGAAGGGGGUCAGAAUCUCCGGCCGGCCGCUCUACUUAGACAUGCAGGCGACGUCUCCGGUGGACCCCAGAGUCGUCGACGCGAUGCUCCCUUACUACCUCACCCGCUACGGAAACCCCCACUCGCGGACGCACAUGUACGGCUGGGAGUCCGACUCCGCCGUCGAAGCCGCCCGCGCGCAGGUCGCCGACUUAAUCGGCGCCUCCCCUAAAGAGAUCGUCUUCACCUCCGGCGCCACCGAGUCCAACAACAUCUCCGUCAAAGGCGCCAUGCACUUCUACCGCGACAAGAGGCGCCACGUCAUCACCACCCAGACGGAGCACAAGUGCGUCCUCGACUCCUGCCGCCACCUCCAGCAGGAGGGCUUCGAGGUCACCUACCUAGGGGUUAAAUCCGACGGGCUUAUCGACUUGGAUCAGCUCCGGGCCGCGAUCCGGCCCGAUACGGGCCUGGUUUCUGUUAUGGCGGUUAAUAACGAGAUUGGUGUGAUACAGCCGAUGGUUGAAAUCGGUAGAAUUUGUAAGGAGCUGAAGAUUCCGUUCCACACGGACGCGGCGCAGGCGUUGGGGAAGAUUCCGAUAAAUGUGGAUGAGUGGAACGUGAGCCUGAUGUCGCUGAGUGGGCAUAAAGUGUACGGGCCCAAGGGGAUUGGGGCCUUGUACAUGAGGCGGCGGCCGAGGAUUCGAGUGGAGCCUCAGAUGAAUGGGGGAGGCCAGGAGAGGGGGAUAAGGAGCGGCACGGUGCCGACGCCUUUGGCUGUGGGAAUGGGAGCUGCGUGUGAAAUUGCGAGGAAGGAAAUGGAGUAUGAUCAGAAGAGGAUUAGGUACUUGCAGGAGAGGAUGCUGAGGGGGAUUAGGGAGCAGCUGGAUGAGGUGGUGGUGAAUGGGAGUGUGGAGAGGAGGUUUCCGGGGAAUUUGAACUUGUCGUUUGCGUAUGUGGAGGGGGAGAGCUUGCUGAUGGGGCUGAAGGAGGUGGCGGUGUCGAGUGGGAGUGCUUGUACUAGUGCGAGCUUGGAGCCGUCGUAUGUGUUGAGGGCGCUGGGGGUGGAUGAGGAUAUGGCGCAUACUUCGAUUAGGUUUGGGAUUGGGAGGUUUACGACCGAGGAGGAGAUUGAUAGGGCGGUGAAGCUUACGGUGCAGCAGGUUAAGAAGCUGAGGGAGUUGAGCCCGCUUUAUGAGAUGGUGAAGGAGGGGAUCAACAUUAAGGAUAUUCAGUGGUCGCAGCAUUGAGGAGUUUGUGCGAGAGGGAGGGAGUGAAGCGGCUUGUAUGCAUAUGUACUGGUGAGCUGUGGCUGAUCGAGUCGAGAUGGAGAAUUCGAGGUUAAGUUUGCUAUCCUUGUUUGUAAAUGCCUUUGACAGCCCUCCGUUAUAACUGAGUUUUGCAGAAAAGCAGUCGUUUCAUUUCCUUGGUAUGGAAUACGGCCAAGAUAGGUGAAGAUGGAGGUUUAGGUCUAAAAUUUUUAUUUUCUUUAUUUCAGUAUAUGUAUCAUGUUGGAUAGAAUACUUUUUCCACUGCAUGAGUUAUUGUAUGUGGCAAUGAUAAUGUGGUGAAUGCUUGAAUAAAGGUUGGCAGUUGAAUUUUUCCCGUU